AUGGCUGCCUACAGAGAUGAACGAACUGCCAUCCGGCAGCACUUUGAGGACUGUGGCAAAGUGGAGGCCGUACGACUGGUGCGGGACCAGGACUCUGGAUUCGGGAAAGGAUUCGGCUACGUCCUGUUUGAGAGCUCCGACUCCGUGCAGCUGGCGCUGGAACUGGACGGCACAAAACUGGACGGCAGACCCCUCCGGGUGAGGAGGGCGGAGAAACAGACGAAUAAAGGUGGCGGCAGGAGGAGGAGCGGCAAGGGCCCCGUGAAGGGCCCCGUGAAGGGCCCCGUGAAGGGCCCCGUGAAGGGCCCCGUGUCCCGUCAGGAGAGAGCAGGCCGGAAGAAUUUCACCGGAAACCAGCAGAAUCCGACCAAGAGCUCCACCUCGUUCAGAGGAGAGAUGGUGGAUCCGAACAAAAAGAGCCAAAAGAAAGUACUGAAGAAGAAGAAGAGGCCGAAGCCCAAAAAGAGAGUUCAUAUCUGAUAUGCGAUCUACAUCUCGUAGAAACAGAAAAGGUGUGAGGACGAAUGAAAAGUCAAAGGAUGAACCAAAAGGAAUGAAUGACCAUCGUUGAUGUGGAUUCGUGCCACGUGCGCAUUUGGAGAGGUUACGUCCGCACAACUAAAGACACAAUCCAGAGGACAGACGAGUCAUUUCAGCUCUAGAUGUUUUUCUGAUUGACUCACAUUUAAUUGUUCACUUGACGUAUGAAUUUUGUGUCGACCUUCGGAUACAAAAAAAUAACAUUAGUCGCUGACUGCUUGUCAUGCUAAGCUAAGCUAACCGCAUUCUGCCUCUUAGCUUCAUAUUUAACACGGAUGUGCUAGUUAUUGAUCUUCUCUUCUGUAACUUUGUGAGAAAAUCAAUAAACACGUUUCUUUAUA